AUGUGCAUGUUAAUGAAGCAGAGCCCUGGCAUCUCGUCACCAGAUUACUUCAAAUUAGACCUCAGUGGUUUUAAUGAGCUGCACUGCCCUCCAGUGGUGGUCCAAAGAAUUCCUAUCAACAAUAAAACAGUUUCAGUCUCUAACCAGUGGGGUGGCUUGAUUUACAUCAUUGUGCCAGGAGGAAGUGAGCUUGGCACCGUCACUGUCACGGUGGAGGGAGCUGCUCAGGCCCCAUACUUCAAACUCGGACAAAGCUGUGUGACAGACUGGCAAAAAACUCUUAGUCGAAACCCAGCACCCUGGGCAGAACUAGAGGUGGACAAUAUUAUCCUGACCGUACCCACAAGCAAAAUCUCCCACAUCACCAAUCGAGAGCCUCUUCUCCAGCUGUGGAAUCGCAUCACCAAAGGCAUCGCUGAACUCGCUGCUGUGCCUGAAUGCUUCCUGAGGCCUGAGCGCAUUGUGGCCGAUGUUCAGAUAAGUGCAGGUUAUAUGCACUCAGGGUAUCCAGUGAUGCUUUUAUUAGAAUCUGUCCAAGAAAUUGCUGAUCUUCAGUUCAUGCAGACCAGUCCCAUAUGGGGUCCACUGCAUGAACUUGGACACAAUCAGCAGAGACCUUUGUGGAAGUUUCCCCCUCACACCACUGAAGCCACCUCUAACCUCUGGUCUGUGUAUGUCCAUGAGAAGGUCCUCGAUCUCCCACGAAGCAAAGCCCACCCUGAGCUUACUGCAGAAUCCAGAAAAGAGAGAAUAAAAAGCUACUUAAAAGGUGAAUCACGUCUGGACGACUGGACCGUUUGGGCCUGCUUGGAGACCUACUUACGGCUGCAGGAGAGCUUUGGAUGGGAGCCGUUCAUUGCGCUGUUUUCUGAAUAUCAGCAAAUGUCAUUAGUUGAGAAUCUGGAUAAUAAAGCCAAGAUGAAUCUGUGGGCUGAGAAGUUUUCUUUCCAAGUAAAGAGGAAUCUGGUCCCAUUUUUCAAAGUCUGGGGGUGGCCCAUUGAAGAGGACGUCUGCAAGAAGCUGGCUAAUCUACCCGAGUGGAUGGGAGCCUCUCUUAUAAAUGACAAUCCAGUGUGUGAGUUAUUAGUUGUUGAUUUUUAGUAAUUACGUUUCUUUUUUUGUCUUUUUACUUAUGCUUAUAUGCUUCUUUCCUGCAUAAAAGUAAGUGCUUUCUUGAUAGAUAUGUAGCCUGCUCAGAGGGCCCACAAUUUAUAAGUUUAAUUUUCUAACUCAAGGUCACAUCUACUGUCAACUUCACAAUUAUUUCAUAAGUUGAUUAUAUUCUUAACUGUGUCAUGUUAAGAAAAUGUGUGAUCUUCAUUUGAAAUCUAAUAAUAAAAAUGUAUUAAAUAAAAGAAUAAUA